AACUUUAGUGAGUUUGAGAACUUGGCCGAAACUUUCUGAAUAUCUGAAGAGAAGAAUGGAGCCGAUAGUAAAGUGGACAGCGACUCAGGUUGCGGACUGGAUCAGAGGGCUGGACGACAGUCUCCAGCUGUAUGUUCCUAACUUUGAGAGAGCGAAGAUCAAUGGAGAGCAGCUUCUGAAGAUUUCCCAUCAGGAUCUGGAGGAGCUGACGGUGACCCGUGUUGGCCAUCAGGAGCUGAUUCUGGAGGCUGUGGAUCUCCUCUGUGCAUUGAACUGUGGCGUGGAAACUGAUAACUUGAAGACUCUGGUGGGUCAGAUGCGAGCAGCAUCCAACAACUUGCACAACUGUGCGUCAGAGCGCAGGAAAAACCCUUCUUAUGAUGGAGGAAGUCCAAACAAACCACCUAACGUGUUCCUCACCGCUGUGGUGGAGCUGAUAGGGGCUGCCAAGGGCAUGCUGGCCUGGCUUGACAGGACGCCCCUCACAGGAAUCAGUGACUUCACAUCAACCAAAAACAAGAUCAUUCAGCUCUGUCUGGAACUGACCACAACUGUCCAGAAGGACUGCACAGUGUUUGAAAUGGAGGAGAAGAUAUUAGAAGUGUCACAAGUUUUGACCGGAAUUUGUGAUUCCACCAUGAGGAUGACCUCUGACCCCUUGAAGAGUCAAAUUACCUGUUUGGAGGAAGUCACCAUCACUAAUAUCAAAGCAGACGAGGGACUGGGGAUGUAUAUCAAAUCCACUUAUGAUGGGCUACACGUCAUCACCGGAACUACAGAAAAUUCUCCAGCAGACAGAACUCAGAGGAUUCAUGCAGGCGAUGAGGUGAUUCAAGUCAACAGACAAACAGUGGUGGGCUGGCAGUUGAAGAAUCUGGUGGAAAAGCUCAGAGAAGAUCCUCAGAAUGUUACUCUGAUGGUGAAGAAAAGACCAUCAGGAACUUGUGGCUUCACACCUGCACUGCUGAAGAACAUGCGCUGGAGACCCCCUGCCGUCCAGAGCCCAUCGUAUGUGCCUGCCGCCCAGUCAUCCAGAAAUCCUGUGCAAAUCAAGCGUCCGGAGAAACCUGCGAUUUUAGAUCUCUAUAUUCCUCCUCCUCCUUCCAUGCCAUACAGCCCACGAGAUGCAGAGACGAGUGAACACGCAGGUGUGAAGAUGAGACCAAAAGGUUCAGAGUCGCCCAACUCAUCUCUGGAUUUAGCUAGUAGACGGCGUUCGAAUAUCAGCGACUACAACAGCAAACUUAGCAUAAACCCACCUGAGGUCGGAGUCCCACAAGCGCGACUGAGACAGCGGAACCCAUCUAGAGGGAAGCCGCGUCCCAUGUCCAUGCCAGUAGACACAUGCCUGGGCGUGUCGGACUCCCCCUCCAGACCCUGGGCUUUUGGAAGGAAAGGUGAUGAGGUCUUGCACAGGUAUCUGAGUAACGAACAGAUCCCCACCAUCUCAGAAGAGUCGCCCUGUUACCCGCUGCCCUACCGCCCCACAGGAGAAGGCCAACUCGUCCGAGGUGUGGACCACAUCCGCGGCAGCCAGUGUUUUAUCAAUGCAGACCUACACAACAGCGCCACCAUACCCUACCAGGAAGCCGUGGCUCGGAAGCCUGCAGCCAAAUCCUCUAAGAGAACCCCCUCAGAACCCUCACUGUUCAGCAGCUGGAUCGCCCGACUCAAGCUGCUCACACACUGUUUUCACAUGCUGGUUACAGUUGGUAGAGGACAUGUGCUGGUCUCCUGUCUGAAGGCAGCAGAGGUGAAUCAGAUGAGCCAGAAGUGUUCACUUCAUUCCUCUUGCUGGUUUGGGAUCAACAGUUACAUGGACUCGUGUCAGAAAUCAACUUUUUACCCGCUUCAAGACUUUGCUGCUGAGAAGUCUCAAGGAGAUGAUGUGAUGAGCCGCAGAAGGGUCUCGGUGAAAGACCUGGGCCAGGGUGACUAUCAGGGCUGGUUGUACAAAAGGAAGGAGAGCAAAGGGUUCUUGGGCUGGAGGUGGAAGAAGUUUUGGUUUGUGCUCAAGAAAUGUUCGCUCUACUGGUACACAUCAGACAUGGCAGAGAAAGCCGAAGGCUACAUCAACCUGAGAGACUUCACCAUAGAACAGGCUACCGAAUGCAAGAAGAAGUUUGCAAUGAAAGCAUGCCACCUCCACAUUCUGACACUCUACUUUGCAGCUGAGAACAUGAAAGACAUGAACAAAUGGCUGGCUAAACUUACCCAGGUUUCAAAUGAACCUGAGCCCACAGAAUCAACCGAUGGAGAGUGCUACAGUGAGGAGAGUGACGACGAGGAUGAAACAGACACUGCUGAGAUAUGUGCAGAGUUCAUGGAUCAGCUGACCCCCGGCCCUCUGCAUGGUUGUCUCCCAUCUCCCCGCUCAACUUCCUCUCCAUGUCAGGACUCGUUCCCGCUGGUUUCGGAGGUGUGUAACCGCACACAGACUCAGAGUGCAGACAGUGAGUCGUGGCAGGAGAUAAGCUCGGAGGAAGACCCCAUCCACAAAAUACAGGAGUUCAAAAGGAAUGACUGUCCCCCGUCUGAUGAGAUGGAGAUGCUGUAUCUUCACCUCAAGCAGGUGAGACUGUCCCCUACUGGAGCCCUGCAGCCAACUACUAAACGUGACUUCAGGUCCUCCUUCAUCAGACGCUGCAAAAAUGAGAGCAUUAAUGAGAAACUGCACCUGAUUCGAGCUUUAAACAGCACUUUAAAGGCAAAGGAGGCCGAUCUGCAGGCCAUAGAGCAGGUCUUGAGCGAACCGUCUCUGAGCGCUUGUAAAUACAGACAGUGGAGAGAUGCUAAUGUGCUCCUGCUGCAGGAGAUCGGAGAGAAACACAAGAGUGCCGUGGAGCCACAAGCCCAGGAACCUCAGCCCCAGCCCCAGCCGCUCUUCAGCCCGAGCACUGUGUACACAGAGACCAGCCUGUGAAGACGAGAGGACGAUUACAGAGAUCAACGAGAAAUAAACGAACUGAAACAGACGACCACAGGGCUUGUACGACGCCGACAGGAACGCAAACAGAGCGGGAAACAUCAAGGGCUGGCUUCCUGGACUCAAAUGAAGCUUCUCUGAAACACUUCAAACAGAUACUUGCCUGCGAGAGAAAUGGCCUCAAGUUUGACUCAUUUGAUAUCAGUUUUCUCUGAAUUUGAGCACAGAAGAGCCCAACUUGUGUGUCACAGUACAAGAAACCCAAUUUCAGUCAUAACUUAUUUCUGAGACCUGUACAGUAGUUCCUGCAUUUUGCCUUUGUUCAGAAUAACUGUAACACGUGUGUAAAUAGUCAGUUUUGUUUACAUCAUUCAGUGUUUUGAUAAAGAAAAGUUCUAAACAUGCUGCAAACUUGUGUUUGCAGCCGUUCUGUAGUUAAACUGCUUUUAUGAAUCAACAUGUGUGUUGUCUAGUUUGACUUUUUAAUGCAGUCUAUACAUGAUUUCCUCCAAAUUCUAACAAACACAAUCCUGCAUGUACAUCUUGUGUUUGUUACCAAAUCUCUCUAUUUCACACGUACUAUACACACAAAUUCUGUUCUUAAACUUGCUGGUAUUUGGAGACUUGUUUACCUGUUUUUUUUUAACAUGACGGUCUCUUUUAGAUGUACAUAUUUUAGUAUUUUACAUCUGGAAAUAAAUGUCUUGGGUAUUGUACAUUUUUAUGUAAAUAUCUGAUUUAACUGUAUAAAUGUUUACUUGAUAUUUUUGGAGUAAUUCAUGCUGAAGGUGUGCCAAAGGAAAUAAAAAUGGCUGUUUAAUAUUUUCUUUCAA